GUAUUCUGAUUCUGAUACUACCCUACCCCUUGUGUCUUACCGUGCAACCUCUAUGUUACUCAGUAGUCGAGUUUGAGAAAAAUCCCACAACUGACAACCUAGACUGGUUCUAUGGUCUUCUGGCUGGAUUUGUCAUCUGUACAACUGGGCACAGAAGAGGCGUCAUAUCAAAUAUGACAGUUGAGGAAGUUGGCACUGCUGAAGCGGAUGGUGAUGGCCGGCGGAUAAUCAGAGUAAAAGAGCACAAGACCAAAGAAACAUUUGGCCAUGCACUUGUUCCCCUAACGAAAGACGAAUACAUAUGGUUUCACCGCUUUGUGUACCACCGCCAGAGAUACCCUGGUGGAUCAUCACAAUUGAUUUUUGCCAACACCCAUGGAGGGCCUUAUUGUAAGACGUUGACUUCAUUUCAAGAUGCAUGGAGGAAGUUUGGUAUCCCAGGAAAACCAACCUUCUCUAUGAUUAGGAGCAGCAUCAGCACUUUUAGUGGGAGAUCCUUGGGAACCCAAAGCAAGGUACAAGUCCACCGGAUGAUGUGUCAUUCUGACGCAACUGCAGCGAGAUUUUAUGAGGCAGAUUUAAACUUUGACGAAGCCUUCAAGUGCCGCAACAAUGCUGCAAAGGCACUUGCUGUGAACAAUAGAACCAGAGACUCUGAGGAAUCUACAACCUCAGAAGACAAUGAAGAUGUGUUGCAGAGAAGAUAUGCUGGACUGAAGAAAAGAAAGUCUAAUCAAAAUGCCACAAGACAAGAAAUUGUGAAAAAGAAGACCAAACAGCAUGCAAACACCACUGACACAGACAGCAGCAAAGAUGAAAGUAACAAUGAAGUCAGGAAAGUCAUUGACCUGACAGCAGGAAACACAUCUGGAAAACACCCACAUAAACAGAGUGGCAGGGGAAGAGCAGAAGUGAGGGUAGAAGAAGACACAACAGGUGAUGAAGAUAUGCCAGGGAUGGUGACUACAGAGAGUAGUGAAGGUGAAGAUUAUGAUGAUAACUGUGAACACACUGACCUUACAGCAGCAGGUACAUUGGGAUCCACCAAAGGUAAAGAUAAUGCUAAAGAAAAAGGAAAAGCCACAAAGGACACAGGAAACUUGUAUAGUCAUACUCAAUUUCUUAAAAAGAAGUUUAAAUGUUGGGAAUCUCCUAAAAUUAUGUCAGAAAGAAUUGCAAUCCAAAGAAAAUUGCAAAAAGUUGUUAGACCAAAGGAAACAACUGAGGGUGUGAACCAAACACAGACGGAGACAAGAGAUGAAGACAAUAAUGCCUUGAGGCCAGAAAGCUUGAGUGAAGAUGAAAACAGUAUACAAACAGUGACUACAAAUAAUGAAGAAGACAAAGCUGAAGAUGAAAAUGGUCUCUUGUUGAACACAACAGACAUAGACCAAGAUGCUUCCACUGGACUAGUGAGAAGAACUACAGAAAAAAUCAAAGCUUUGAGCAGAGAGGAUAUAGGCAAAGAUAAAAAUGAACCACAGACAAAGACGACUACUAAGGAAAAUGGCCAUUUGAGAGCAGAAGGAACAACUAAAAACAAAGACACAGAGUAAAAGAAGAUGGUCCUUGGACUAGCUAUGAGUCUCCAUUGGCAGACCCAAAAAAGAGGAAAAAAUCUCUAACGCAGAAAAGGUCUUUGACAAAGUGUGAUGAAAGCAAAGAAACAGAGCAAGAAGGCAACAAGCAAGAAAGAAAAAGACCAAAGAGCCUGACUGCAAGACAGUUGUUAAGUCCAAAGAUGCUCAGAAGUAACAAGAACAAAGACCCACCUAAAGAUACUAACAAAAGACAAAAAGCCAUAAAAAAGACUCAGAGGAAAAGAUAAAAAAAGGUUUUUCCGUUGUUUUUGAUUUUACUUUGAUGUUUGUUUUACUACAUUUUUGAAAACAGUAUGAUCAUGUGGGUUUUUUGAUCUUUACUUAUUUUACA